UUUUAAACAAUGAUUGAAGCCUGAGAUAUAUUAUUCCGCGUAAACAAAUAACGGUUUCGUCAAAUGUUUAAAAUGUAAGGCGAAAAUUGAAUACCGCUUUUAGUUUUUGCAUUUGGAGUCGUGCGUAUAUUUUGCCUAGUUAAUAAUUCGGCCCUUACAAAUAGUCAAUAAUAUAGUGUUCCUUUUUAAUAAUUUAUAAAUGCAUAUUUUUUGCAUUGAAGUUCCAGGAAACCCCUUUUCAUUUUUUCGUUAAUAUAAAUAAAAAGGUUUCGCCAUGUUUCUAAUUAUUAUUGAAGUACAAUAAGAUCUUUUAGAAUAUAGUCCAAUAUUUAAAUGAUUUUUUGUGUAUAAAUUGCUUGUAGGUGAACAUAAAUAUUAACCAUGGAGUUCCCUAUCUCUCUAUUCAAAACUUAAAUGUGGCCGCGACCGUGAUAAAUUUCGGAAAUAUAUUUGUAUAUAAAAUAAAAAAAUAAUAUUAUUUUUGUGAGUUUUUCGUUUGACCCAUUUUGAUGAGAACACGAAAAAAAAUAGGUAGUCUAGGAGUUUAUAACGUGAUAACCGCAAAAUGACCGCCGAUAUUAUCAGCUGUGUAUAACCCAUAUAUAUAUAUCUGUGGUAUUACCAAUGGAAAUUAUCCAGCGAUGUUUUGAAAAUUGAUAACACGACUCAUAAAUAGAUGAUAAACCAAUUUAUUCUUUCACGUACACAAUCUACUAAAUCCCAAUGCAUGUCGCAUGAUCAAAUGCGUUGCCUGACGCACUCACAUGAGUCACUGUUUAAAUUAUGUAUCUUGGAUAGGAUAAAUGAUAAAAACAAUCCGUAAAUUGUUUAUAAUUAAUAUGUUAUCAUGAUUUAUAUUGUACAAAAAACGACAACAUUCAGUCUAUUCGGAUUCAAGUGACUGUAGAGUCCAAGACAACAGCUAUAGAAACCAUUACAAAAAAAACCAAUCGUGGAUGAACGUUAAACGCUGAUUACAUUAUUCUUCGUUUAAUUUUUUGUUAGUUUUCAAUAUAUAUUCUUUCACAUUGACUGCUGUAAAAUAUAUAAUAUUAUUACUUACCAGAAUAGUUUAAAUGUAAAUAUAUAAUGUUACCAACAGAUACACCAAUAUAUCACGAAAAACAAUCAAAAGAGUUAUGUGCAUUGCACGCUUUAAACAAUUUAUUUCAGUCGAAGGAGGCAUUUAAGCAAAUGGAACUGGAUGCUAUCUGCUUUUCACUAUCUCCUAACAAUUAUAUAAAUCCACAUCGGUCAAUAUUAGGUCUAGGCAAUUAUGAUGUCAACGUGUUGAUAGCCGCCUUACAAAACAAAGGCUUUAACGCUGUAUGGUUUGACAAAAGGAAGGAUCCGAAAAUGUUGAAGUUGGAUAAAAUAUUUGGUUUUGUAAUGAAUAUUCCAAGUGAAUGCCGUCUGGGCUUUUUAUGGCUACCUUUAAAACGGCGCCAUUGGAUAUCUAUAAAAAACAUUAAUGGUGUAUACUACAAUUUAGAUUCAAAGUUAUCUCAGCCUUUACGCAUUGGAAGCGAAAAUGAUCUUUUUAAUUACUUUAGAGACCAACUUUAUGUGAAUGACAAUCAACUGUUUGUUGUUGUCACUAAGGAUAAUAACAGUUGGAUGAGAAAAGAAGAUGGAGAAGAAAACUUAGUUGACAACACAAAAGCACAUGCACAAGAAAAAAUAUAGUAAUAAAAAAAUUUGCUAUAAAUAUUUUUUUAAAUUAUGUUGUAAAAUAAUUUUAAUGUUUAAGCUUAAUUGCAUUAAUCGUUACCAAAAUUGAUUAAGGUUACAGAGUUUAUUGACAUGUUAGAUUGGUGAAUAUGUACAGUAUUAAGUAUGAUUGGUGUUAAAAAUAUUUGUUACCAUUAUUUACCUGCAAUAAUAAUUUGUUAUUUAUAAUUUAUUGAUUGUACUGCACCUAUUUACUACACAUAUAAAUAAAUAAAAAAUACAGAUUUUCAUAACAA